GGCCGGCACUUGGCGAACAUGAGUGAUGAGAUGAGACACCGCUCUGCGGCCUGCUUUCUUGUGUACCGAAGGGUUGAUUUUCGAGUCGUGCGAGGAUUGUCUUCCUCGGAGUACGGAAUAUCCGUCCCCGGUAUUUAAUUGAGCCGGGCGCGAUCGCUUUCGUUUCCACGUCGCGUCCGCGAACGAUGCGGACUCACGCUCACCCGCGUCGUCGGACACCGGAGAUCGCUUAGGUCAUAACCUUCGAGGCGUUUGUUUUCUACGUGUCUGAAUACAAAAUACUUGGAGAUGUCGAUCGAAAUAGAGUCGGCCGAUGUGAUCCGAUUGAUACAGCAGUAUCUCAAGGAGGCGAACCUCGUGAAGACGCUGCAAACACUACAGGAGGAAACGGGCGUGUCGCUGAAUACUGUGGACAGCGUGGACGGUUUCGUUGCCGAUAUAAAUAAUGGCCAUUGGGACACAGUUCUGAAGGCUAUACAGUCGUUGAAGUUACCCGACAAGAAACUCAUAGAUUUGUACGAACAGGUUGUUCUAGAAUUAAUUGAGCUGCGAGAAUUAGGCGCGGCGCGUUCCUUGUUAAGACAGACUGAUCCCAUGAUCAUGAUGAAGCAACAAGAACCCGAGCGGUACAUUCACUUAGAGAAUCUACUCGCGCGCUCGUACUUCGAUCCGCGCGAGGCGUACCCCGAUGGAAGCACGAAGGAGAAACGAAGAGCGUACAUAGCCACCGCCCUCGCCGGCGAAGUGUCGGUUGUGCCGUCCAGCAGACUGCUCGCCCUGCUGGGACAGGCGUUGAAGUGGCAGCAGCAUCAGGGUCUGCUGCCGCCCGGCACCACGAUAGACUUGUUCCGCGGAAAGGCGGCGGUUCGCGAUCAGGAGGACGAGAAGUACCCGACGCAAUUGUCGAAGCAGAUCAAAUUCGGCCAGAAGUCGCACGUGGAGUGCGCGCGUUUCUCGCCCGACGGCCAGUACCUGGUGACCGGCUCGGUGGACGGUUUCAUCGAGGUGUGGAACUUCACGACCGGUAAAAUUAGGAAGGACCUGAAGUAUCAGGCGCAGGACAACUUUAUGAUGAUGGAGCAGGCUGUCCUGUCGAUGUCGUUCAGUCGUGACAGCGAGAUGCUGGCGGGCGGCGGCCAGGACGGAAAAAUUAAGGUGUGGAGGGUGCAGAGCGGACAGUGCUUGAGAAGGUUCGAGAAGGCGCACUCGAAGGGCGUGACCUGCCUGCAGUUUAGCAGAGACAACAGUCAAAUAUUGUCUACUUCGUUCGAUACUACUAUAAGGAUACACGGCCUUAAGUCUGGAAAAACUCUCAAGGAAUUCCGCGGUCACUCCUCGUUUGUCAAUGAAGUCGUAUUUUCCCCGGACGGUCACAAUAUAAUUAGUGCGUCGUCGGACGGGACCGUGAAAAUUUGGAGCUUGAAGACCACCGAGUGCAUAGGCACUUACAAAUCGUUAGGAGCCGCUGAUCUCACAGUGAACAGUAUCCAUACCCUUCCACGAAACCCGGAGCACUUCGUCGUGUGUAAUCGCUCCAACACGGUGGUAAUUAUGAAUAUGCAAGGGCAGAUCGUAAGAUCGUUCUCCAGCGGUAAACGCGAGGGUGGUGACUUCGUGACUACAGUGGUGAGUCCGCGUGGCGAGUUUAUCUACUGCGUCGGUGAGGAUCUCGUGCUCUACUGUUUCUCCACGUCGUCGGGAAAGCUCGAGAGAACGCUCAACAUACACGAGAAGGACGUCAUCGGUUUGGCGCAUCAUCCCCAUCAAAAUUUAUUGUGUUCUUACAGUGAGGACGGUCUGCUGAAGCUGUGGAAGCCGUAAAUGAAUCAACAAAUUAUUUCCUUUUAUAUGCGAAUGCAGACGGUAUGGGGAGGAUAUUGUCUUUGUGUAUUAUAAUACAACAUUUUUACAGCGACUGUGGUAUUAGUCCGGCUUGUCCCCAAAUUAUGCGACAAUUAUUAAUCCAUACAUUAAUCAAUCCAUUUGUUCUCUCAUCCCAAUACCGACCGAUGAAAGAAAUACAAACACGCAUAUAUAAUUUCAGCAUUUGAAUAAAAAUAAAACAAGACUGAA